UUUUCCGUACUAAAUUUAAAGUUUCCCAAUUUAUUUUAUCCUCGUUAUAAGGCUUUUCAUUUAAGCUUUGGUAAAUUAGAGUGAAAAACCGAGAGAAAAGAAGAUAACGCACAAAAGUCAAGAUGAAGAUGAUGUGUGAGCGCUUGUCUGCCGUUUUUGCUGGCCUUGUGGUGGGCAUGUGGUAUGCCAAGACUUUCCCCAAAGAGGAGAAGGAGCCUGUUCCUGAUGACAAGGGCAAGGGAAAAGGCAAGGACAAGGGUAAAGACAAGGAGAAGAAGUAAUUUCAAAGAAAUACACGAAAUCUCACCUGUUGGCCUUGACUGAAUCUCAAUAUUCAAGUACCAGUCUCGAUAUGAAGCUACAUAUCAUUCACUAACCAGACCUUUACGGCACAACAUUCCAAAAAAACAUUUCGGCUAAACAUUUCAUUUAUUUAUUUAUUU